AUGAAACUUUUGCUCAUUUCCUUUAUGUUCUUGAUCGGGACUGUUACUCCAGCCGAAAGCAAGUGCAAUGAAGAUGACCAGUCAUCGUUGCUCCGCUUAAAGCAAAGCCUUAACUUCAAUAAUUCUGAUUCCACCAAGCUUGUUACUUGGAAUGCAAGUAUCAACUGCUGUUCUUGGGUCGGAGUAAAUUGCAGUGCUAAUGGCUAUGCAGUUGGUCUGGACCUCAGCGAGGAACGGAUCCUAAGUGGGAUUGACGACUCCAGCAGUCUCUUCGAUCUUCAACAUCUUCAAAGCCUCAACUUUGCUGAUAACGGUUAUCACCACUCUCAAAUACCAUCUUCUAUCGGAAAGCUUGCAAAUUUGAGGUAUCUGAAUCUAUCCCAUAAUGGUUUUUUGGGGCAAAUCCCAAUUGAGAUUUCUCACUUGACAAGGUUAAUUGUUCUUGAUCUUUCUGAAACUAAAUUAAAACUUGAGAACCCCAAUUUAAGCAUGCUGAUUCGGAAUCUCACUGAGCUUGAAGUAUUAUAUCUUGAUUCGGUAAACAUAUCAAGAAAAAGGAGUGACUGGUGCCAAGUAAUAUCUUCUUCACUUCCAAAGCUGAGGGUGCUGAGCUUGUCCUACACUGAACUUUCAGGCCCUAUUGAUGACUCCCUUGCCAAGCUUUCAUCUCUAUCUGUGAUUAGAUUGGAUUAUAACAACAUAUAUUCUCCGGUUCCAUCAUUCUUCGCCAAUUUUUCAAACUUGAUUUCCUUGAGUCUCUGUGGAUGCGAGUUGUAUGGAACAUUUCCCCAAGAAAUCUUCCAGAUAUCUACACUACAGCAUAUUUACUUGUCCUACAAUCCGCUGCUUCAAGGUUCCUUACCAGAAUUUCCGAACACCGGAUCUCUUCAAACUCUGGACUUGAGCUCCACAAAUUUUUCGGGGUCAUUGCCAGACUCUAUUGGCAACCUCAAAAUGUUGUCCAUGAUAGAUCUCUCAACAUGCAAUUUCUAUGGAUCAAUCCCAGAGUCAAUGGAAAAUCUCAGACACUUGUAUUAUUUAGACAUGUCAGACAACAAGUUCAGCGGUUCCAUUAAUUCCACUCAUUGGGAAAACCUUGUCGAGUUGAUGUUUGUCAGUUUGAUGUACAACCAGCUUGAUGGAGGAAUUCCAUUGUCUAUGUUUUCUCUUCCACUGCUGCAAACAUUGCUGCUUUCCAACAAUAAGUUCUCGCACCAGUUCCAUGAGUUCUCUAACGUCUCUUCUUCUAACCAAUUAAGCUCCUUGUUUUUGGAUUUCAACAAUCUCGAAGGGCCAGUACCGAUGUUUUUUUUUAAUUUGAGAGGUCUUCAGUUUCUUUCACUUUCUUCAAACAACUUGGCAGGCUCGUUUCCUCUAAGUGGUCUUCAGAAGCUGAGAAAUCUGACUUUUCUUAAUCUUUCAUACACUAGCCUGUUCAUUGAUCGUACCGGUUCCAAUUCCUCGUAUUCAUCCUUGCCUCAAUUGGUUGUAGUGAUUUUAAGUUCUACCAAGUUGAGAACAUUUCCUGAUUUCUUGAGAUAUCUACCCAAUUUAGACACCUUGGAUCUUGCAGAAAAUCAAAUUCAUGGAGAGAUACCAAACUGGAUUUGGGGGCUCAAAUUACUUUAUUAUCUAAAUAUUUCAUGCAACUCCCUGGCAAAUUUUGGUCCUUUACCCAAUCUCACUUCUGCUCUAAGCGUGCUCGACCUUCACUCUAACCAGCUUCAAGGACAAAUCCCAGUUUUCUCAGCACCUACAAUGCAAUUUUUGGAUUACUCCAGAAAUAAUUUGAGCUCUGGCAUACCGACUAACAUUGGUGAGUUCUUGACGACCACCAAACUCUUCUCACUUUCAAGCAAUAACCUCCACGGCAUCAUUCCGAGAUCGUUGUGCAAUCUGUCAACGCUUGAGAUUCUUGAUCUGUCCAAUAAUUCACUCAGUGGUAUGAUUCCUGAGUGCUUGACUACAAUGAAGACGCUUGCAGUGCUUAAUUUACGGAGAAACAACCUUACGGACAACAUUUCUUACAAAUUUGAUGAGCAUUGCAGUUUAGAAACUCUAGACCUCAGUGGGAAUCAAAUCAAAGGCCGGCUUCCAGAAUCUUUAGUCAGCUGCACAAAAUUAGUGGUAUUAAACCUUGGGUACAAUCAGAUAAUGGAUACUUUUCCCUGCUAUUUGAAGAGUGUUUCCACCUUGCGAGUCCUUGUUCUCCGAUCCAAUAAAUUCUACGGAGGCAUUGGAUGUCCGAGUACCAAUGGCACCUGGCCAGUGCUUCAAAUCAUAGAUGUAGCUCACAAUAAUUUCAAUGGCGAAUUACCUGGUGGAUUGUUGACAACAUGGAAAGCUAUGAUGGAUAACCAAGCUGAUGCAAAUCACCUUCAGUAUGCGGACACAGGCUUUGAUGUUAUUUACUAUCAGAACUCAGUAACAAUUGUGAGCAAAGAUUUGACGAUGGACCUGGUAAAGAUUCUAACUAUCUUCACCGCAGUUGACUUUUCUGGCAACAAAUUCCAUGGACAAAUACCUGAAGAAAUUGGAGAACUCAAAUCAUUGUAUAUUCUCAACUUCUCCAACAAUGCUUUCACAGGUGAAAUCCCAUCAUCGUUGAGUAACUUGGGAGACCUCGAGUCUUUAGAUCUCUCAGUGAACAACCUGAGUGGGCAGAUUCCACCAGAAUUUUCAAAACUCCAUUUCCUUGCAUUCAUGAACCUCUCAACCAAUCACUUGGUUGGCAAGAUCCCAAGCAGCACUCAGUUUUCAACAUUUCCAAAAUCUUCCUUCGAAGGGAACACGGAUUUAUGGGGGCCUCCUUUGACAACAUAUGACAGACCACCGAUGUCGUUGCCACCAAUGUCAAAUGGAAGCGAUCCGAAUUCUGGCAAUGCGAUUAAUUGGGAUACUCUGUGUUGA